GGGUUAACAAAAAAUAUGAAAUUUGUUACAUAGUAUUAUUCCCACAUUUCUUACAUUCGAACAGCCAACUUCUUCGCCUAUUUAUAUACGCUUCCAUAACGGUUGCCAGACAUUGUUCAGCGAGUAUGCCAACCAAAAUAGUUGAAUUCGACGCUUUCAUCAAAACAGCCAACUUCUGGUAUAGCUCCAAUGGCGUUGUGGCCUACGACGAUAUCUAUCGUCAAGCUGGCAAUGAACCAAACCAAAGAAGCAUCACAGCUAGAUUGGCAACACUGCUGCGCCAAAUAUACUGUUUCAUUAGUCUGAUCAACUUGAACUGGGUGCUAAUCAUAGAAGCUUCAUUUGUUGUGGUCAACUUUAUGGAAAAUGCUGAUUUCUUACAAGCUGCGAGAAAUUUAUCCUUCAUGGGUUUCGUUGUGGUGGCGAUUUUAAAAAUAUUGAGUAAUCUGAAACAGCGCUCACGACUCAGCGUACUCAUGCAAAAGCUGUACGAAAUGUAUCCCAAGCAAGCGGCUGAUCAAUCACCAUACGAGCUACAGCGUCAUCUGCAGCACUACAGACGCAUUGGUUUUAUAUACGCCUUUACACAUACCUUCACCGUUUGGGCUUACAACUCGCUACCGAUGAUCAACUACUUAUUCUUGGCGCCGCUGCUGCAGCAGACGGUCGUAGAGCGUGUAUUGCCGUACUCCUGUUGGGUACCCUUUGAGUGGCGCGACAAUUGGCUCUAUUAUCCGCUCUAUGUCUCGCAGGUCUUUGCUGGUCACACCUCCUUGGCGGCUUAUUUGGCUAAUGACUUAUUAUUGUGCGCUGCAACUGUACAACUAAUAAUGCAUUUUCGAAAAUUGGCACGUGACAUUGAAGCAUAUCAGGCGGGGAGUACGAAUGCCACGCAAUUUGUGAACGCGGAAAAAGCGAAGCGUGAUUUAAGCUUUCUCAGUACAGCCGUUUAUUAUCAUAAUCAUACAUUGGCACUCUGCCAACUAAUCAGUGAAAUAUUUGGUAUGCCGAUUCUCAUCAAUUUCAUAUCGACUUCGUUCGUUAUGUGCUUUCUGGCCUUUCAAUUUACCGUUGGUGUGCCAUUGGAUGCUUUGGUCGUGCUGGUGUGCUAUAUGAUCUGCUCUUUAGUUCAGAUUUAUAUGAUUUGCAGUUAUGGUCAGGAGUUAAUAACAACGAGUGAAAAUAUUGGUAAUGUCGUCUAUAACCAUAAUUGGCUCGUUGCCGACAUUCGCUACAAGAAAUUGCUGAUUAUGAUUAUACGGCGCGCUCAAAAGCCAGCUAUGCUACGAGCUACAAGCUUUGUGAAUGUCUCAAUGGGCACCAUAACUGAUAUACUGCAAUUAUCAUAUAAAUUCUUCGCAUUAAUUCGCACAAUGUAUGCAAGAUAAGUGAUGAAGACAUUUCAAAAUAAAUAGUGAACUGGAA